GCGCGGCAGUCUUACAAAAAUUGUUAGUUAAGCCAUAAGUGUUAUUUAAACUUGCCAUAAAGCCAGAGCGCGUAUAAUAUAAAGCGUUAACUGUCUACUUAAUAUUGAAGCAAUGGCAGUUUAAGUUUACAACAUUUACGCAGCCCAAGAACAAAUAACAAAUUACAAUAAAAAUGCAUAAAUUGUUAUAUUUGUGCUUAACUUGGAUCUCAAUUUGGCAGCUCGCUGUGGCAACGCCAGUGCCUCAAAUCGAUUUCGAAGAUAAUGUAAAUUGUGGUGGUGAAGAUGGACAGCCUCUGAUAACGCCUUGCAAGGAGUCGCUGAUACUGCAAGUGAAUACCAGUUAUAGUUUGCAAUGUGAAGCACCUGAGCCCAUCGUUUGGUGGCAUAGCGUCAGUGGUGAGCAGCUGGGAGAAGCCUUCAACAACGUAGCCGAUCCGCUGCGUCCGUAUGGCAUGAAACUCAAUAUGCGGCUAGUGUCUGUGCACAAUGUGGGCGCUUACUACUGCAUCAAAGAGGAUCAGAAGCCCAUUGGCGAUGACUGGUCGGAGGCCGGACUGGUGGAGCUGGGCAAUGCGGACGAGGCUACGUCCAUUUAUGUUUAUGUUAAUGAUACCCAAAAUCUGCUGGUGAACAUCGAGCCCAUUAUCAGUGCCAAGCAGUUCAGCGAGGUAAUCAUUCCCUGCAAGCCCGCAAUGCCCGAUACGGAGGUGCUGCUCUCAUUCAAUGGCGAGACGUUUUCCAGCGAAAGCACACCCUACUCUCCUCAACGUGGCUUUCUUAUCAAAAUAAACAGCAUCACCGAUCAGGGUGAAUAUUAUUGUGUGCCGAAAUAUCCAUCGCCGGAGCAUGAGGACGAAGAGACAUUCUUUGAAGUGCGCUUUAUUGACAAAAAUUUCCCAGCCUUUGGAUUGGACAAUGCUACAAAGCAAUUGGUGCAGGCUGAGCUGACUAACAAUCAAAUGCACGUUAGGUUCAUCCAAAAUGAUGAAUCCAACAAUGUUACUAACUUUGCACGUAAACUUGGUGCCGGGCAUGUUGAUGAUCCUCUUGAUUAUGAAGAUCCUAUUGAUAACACAUAUGCGUUGUCCACAUUGCCGUCGCGUCGUCUUAAGCGUAGCACAGCGAAAUUGGCGCCGUGGCUGCCACCCUCACCCUCACCCUCGAGGGGACCAACAGGGCAAGCGAACAAUCGCCUCGAUAAGCCUGGCAUCAAUUCCACAUCCAAGCAUUAUGUCUACGAGGGUGAAUCCUUUACGCUGAACUGUGAACUCUCCACGCCGCAUGGAGUUAACUAUAGAAUGAAAUGGGAUCCACCAUCAGCUGUUGAACAGAGUCGCAUCAACUUUACGGAGGCCAAGUUUGAGCAAGAGUAUACUACGCAUAAAAUAGGUCGCAGCUCACUUACGGUCAAGAAUGCCAAAUUGACGGACAAAGGCAGCUACAAAUGCAUUGUCAAUGGCGGCUUUGGCGUUACCGAAUACUCAUCCUAUAGAAUGCAUAUCAUGAAGCGCAACUCCAGCUACUUGAAUGUCUGGGAGCCCUCGAACCACUCGCAGGUGCAGGAACAUGCCAAUCGUAGCAUACAAAUGACGGCCAACUUUGAAGGCUUUCCCCCAGCCACUUUCAAAUGGUACAAGCCCAGCGGCAAGGAAGUCUGGGAGACCGAACCCAACUUUAGCAUACUCUCAACGGAGUCCAGCACCACAUUGAAGCUGCUUAAUGCGCAGCUGGAUGACAGCGGCAUCUAUAUACUCAAGGGCACCAAUGGCAAGGAGCACAAACAACUCGAAUUCAAUGUUAGCGUCAUGUCGGGACCGGUGCUCAGCAUGGGCGAUAUUUAUGUCGUGGCUGGCAGUGAGGCGCAUCUCAAUUGCUCUGUUAAAUCCUAUCCCACAGCUGUGGUGACGUUCCUAUUCAAACCUUGCAGUCUUCAGCCACGCUGGCCCACAUGCGAAAAGGCCUCACAGAACUUUAGCUCGCCAGACAUUCAGGAACUAUAUCAGUUCAGAACCAGUUCACGUCCUGGUGCAUCGCCCAUUGAGUUUAUACAUGAGGCCAUCUUUACGCCCACGGAGCCUGGCAUUCUUCUCUGCGUGGCGCAAAAUCUUGUCGACGGCAAGCUGCGCACUUCGCAGACCAAGGGGCAUGUGCUGCUGGGUGAUAUAGCGGAGGAUAUGGCUAUAUCAGGACUGGAUGCAAAUCGCAAGAUUGCAAAUGGCGAUGAGGAGAACUUUACUUGUGCAGCCCUGGCUUAUCAUUAUGAUGGCAACUUGGAUUGGUAUCGGAAUGGCGAACUGCUCAGCGAGAGCGACAAUAUCAAGCUGGAAUCUCAUCACACAGCGUAUUCGUAUAUGCGCACGCUUAAAUUUCUGGCCAUUGGCGAUGAGGAUCGCGCCACCUACGAGUGUCGUGCUCACUAUAUACAUCCGUCGGAUAAAUACGACAGUCGCGAAAUAGAUGUCUAUGUGCAUGACACCAAAGCGCCGCACUGGACUUAUACCAAUUUGGAUGCCAAGUCCAAGCUGGAACGCAAUCUAACCGAAUCGCUUAUACUAGAGUGCAAAGCAGAGGCAGUGCCUCAGGCCAAGGUGCAUUGGUAUCGUAAUGGCGUGCCAAUCAGCGAAACGAAUCACACGCAGCUGCUGGAGGAUCACACCAAACUGCGCAUACCGCAUUUGUAUCCCAAUGACGAUGGCAUCUACAGAUGUGUUGUGGAGAAUCGCUUGGGCAGCAUUGAAAAUUCCGUUACUGUGGUUAUUGCAAAUCUGCCCAGCAUAAGCAAAAUAUGGAUAAUGUUUGUGGUUAUCUUCUUCUUGCUACUGCUGGCACUUUGUGCUUUCCUUGCCGUGCGUUAUCGCCAGGAGCGCAAGCGUCACUUGGCCCUGAAGGCUGCCGGCUUGGCUAACUUUGAGGAAGGCGCUGUGGAGCAUAUAAAUCCAGCGCUCUCACUGGACGAGCAAGCGGAACUGUUGCCCUACGAUCGUAAUUUUGAAUUUCCACGCGAUAAACUUAAGCUGGGCAAGCAGCUGGGUGCGGGCGCUUUUGGUGUCGUGCUCAAGGGCGAGGCACAAGGCAUACGCAACGAUGAGCCCGUGUCCACGGUGGCUGUCAAAAUGGUUAAGCGCACUGCAGAUGCGGAAGUGGUGCGUGCCUUGGUCUCUGAGCUCAAGAUUAUGGUGCAUUUGGGUCAGCAUUUGAAUGUGGUCAAUCUGCUGGGUGCAGUAACCAAGAAUAUUGGCAAACGUGAAUUGAUGGUCAUUGUGGAAUAUUGUCGCUUUGGCAAUGUACAAAACUUUUUGCUGCGCAAUCGCAAGUGUUUCAUUAAUCAGAUUAAUCCGCUGACGGAUAAAAUUGAUCCAAGUAUUAUGACGCAACGCAUCUCGGACAACUAUGAUCUGCAUCGUGACUUUGGUGUUGGUAUUGGUGUUGGUGGUGGCUUGAAGUAUGCUAAUGUUGGUUAUCCCAACCAUCCGUAUAUCAAUCACAUGAACUCCGUAAACAACAACUAUACGCACACUCAUCGCAGAAACUCCGACAAUGAUCCACGCGCGGGCACACGCGCCGGACGCACUGUAACUGGUGGCAGCACCUAUGAUCAUCAAGUGGACACCUGCGCCACAGAAGCCACAGUGAUGACGACAGUGCCAGAGGAUGAUCAGCUCAUCAUGUCCAACAACUCAGUGCAGCCAGCUUGGCGCUCCAACUACAGAACCGACUCCACAGAGGCCAUGUCCGUGACCACCAACGAUUUGGUCAGCUGGGCUUUCCAGGUGGCACGCGGCAUGGAUUAUCUAUCCUCGAAGAAGGUAUUACACGGUGAUCUUGCUGCUCGCAAUAUUUUGCUCUGUGAGGGCAAUGUGGUCAAGAUCUGUGACUUUGGCCUGGCGCGUUCCAUGUACCGCGGCGAUAACUACAAAAAGUCUGAAAGCGGCAAGUUGCCCAUCAAGUGGUUGGCGCUGGAAUCGCUUAGCGAUCAUGUGUUUAGCACUUAUAGCGAUGUCUGGUCGUUUGGCAUUGUGCUCUGGGAGCUGUUCUCGCUGGCCAAGGUGCCGUAUCCAGGCAUUGAUCCCAAUCAGGAACUGUUUAACAAGCUAAACGAUGGCUAUCGCAUGGAGAAGCCGCCAUAUGCCAAUCAAGAAAUCUACGAAAUUAUGCUGGAAUGCUGGCGCAAGAGUCCGGAUAGCAGACCUUUGUUCAAUGUGCUGGAGCGUCGCUUUGCCAACAUGCUGGGCGAGGAUGUAGCCAACCACUACUUGGAUCUGAAUGAUCCUUAUAUGCGCUCCAAUACGGAAAAUAUGAAGAAUAAUCCGACAGAUUAUCUGUCGAUGAUGGGCUCGCCAGAUGAAUUUGCGCCGCCAGCACCACGUUAUGUCAACGGACACAUUGUGCCUGAUAUACGUAUCGACGAAUCAUCGGAUGAUUACCUGCAAAUGAAUACUGAGAACAGCACCGCCAUCUUUUCACCGCGAGCCCCCAUACAAAGCAACGAGUUUGCGGAUUUACCAGCCAUAGAAACGAGCGAAACCUCAUUCACCUUCCCAGAUAACAUUUCAGGUCAACACUCACCCACGCUCGCCAACAAUAUGGACAACAGCAGCAUACAUAAGCCGCUGCGCAAAAAGAAUGGUAUGCCCACUGUCGAUGCAGCAGAUCAAGCGCCCGAGGAAAUACCUAUGCUACACAGAGCGUACACAGAUAGUCCAGAGCAAGUGCGUCGCUAUCCGGCAGCCUCCAGUAAGGCUUAUGCAGCGCCGACGCCGUCACCGCGACAUCACAUUGAGACGGCGCUCAAUGGCAGCAACAGCAACGGCGAGAAUUAUGUAAAUGUAAAGCCGCCGCGCAAGAAUCUUGUCAAUAAAUCCGCUGCUGCCGGCAGCGGCACAGAUGCCUUCUCCAAUCCCAGCUAUCAGCCGCUUGCAGUUGUCAACGAGAAAGAGGAGCGAAGGUACUAGCUCAUAGUUUAAGCUUAAGUUAUGCUACUUAGUGGCGUUUUAAUUGUAGACAGCGUAAAGUCUAAGCUAAUAGUAAUUAUAAAUGUUGUAUGUUAAUCUAAGAGACAGCAUUUAGCGACUUAAUCUUAAAUAGAGUUUAAGCAUAUGUACAACUGAAUAUGUUUAUGUGUAUAUUUAUAUUAUAUAUUUAUGUCUCAC